AUGGACAGUAAUCUACUUGAAAGUCUCCUCGACUUGGAGGAACAAUUCUACAAAGAAGGAUAUGAUCUGGGCUCCGUGGACGGGGCUCAAACAGGGUACACGGAGGGUAGUGUCUUUGCGGUCGAAAAGGGCUUCGAAAAAUUCGUCGAGCUGGGAAGACUCUAUGGCAAAGCCCUCGUCUGGGCUCAACGACUCGCGGAAUCGAAGAAGGGCAAACCGGACCACAAGACCACGGAGACACAAACUCGAUCUACGCCGGCCGGUGGACAGGAGGAUGCGAUUUCACUCGAUCCCUCUGUCUGCGCGAGCAUGGCGAACUUCCCGCCCAGUUCAAGACUAGCUAAAAAUAUCGACACGCUCCUCGAACUGGUCGACCCUGCGUCCUUGCCCAUGCAGAACACAGAAGAAGCGGUCACAGAUGUGGAUGAACGCUUGAAAGGUGCUAUAAUCAAGGCGAAACUGAUCCAGCGCGCUUUGGGCGAGCGGGAAGAUGUUUCCGAUCUCCAUCCCGAUGCAAAAGAAGCAAAGACAUCUGGUGAUGGAACGGGGAGCAUUGAAGACAUUAGCGCGCUGAACAUUCGCCAUUGA